UGUAGGACUGGCUAUGGCCACCGCUACUUCCGGGUUCCGUCAUUUCAUUCUCCCGCCGAUCAGCGCAGCAAACUGACUCUGUUCUAUAAGCAAGCUAGCAGCCAACCUGCCAACACUCGCUGACACUCACUCAUCUCAGACCGCGAGAUAGACGAAAUACCUACGGGAAAAGGAAAGAUCUGAAUUGCAAUCUUUUAAUUUCUAUUGCUUUUUCUUUUUACAGUAAUAAGAAAACAAGAUUGCGAUCCCGAGGCAUAAAGACGACGCGGACUUGCUGGAUGAAAACGGGCUAAAAAGAUUCAUCCUCUCUUGAACAUCAUCACCAACCAUCAUUCAUUCAUUACCUUGACAACCCCUGGCUUUGAUUGACAGCUGGAGUGGCAAAAAGCCAUGAGACACGACAGUUUAGUUACAUGCAGGUUGUUGAUGGGCCGAUUGUAACCUUCAGUUUGGUGCUUGACAUUUUUUUUUUGGGGAAAGAGGAAAACAAAGAAAAAUUGCAAACUCCUGCUGAUGCUUCUGCUUGUACUGUACCACAGUGGAGAAUAGGAGAAUUCACAAAGUUGGUUGAAAAAGGAAUCUUACCACUAAAUCACUUUCUAACCGGACUGGGAUAUUAAAUAUAGCCUACGACACAUCCAGGAGUUUAUUGGAGCGCAGCCUAAUGGCGCAAAGGUACCUUUACUCUUCAAGCGGAGUGACAGCCUCUGCUUAACCGACGGUCUCCGCGGCAUUCGUGGAGCAGUUUUUAAAGGGACUCCUAAGUAAUUCGGUGUUUUGCCAAAGUAACCCACCUUCGGGGAUUCAGAACUUUAGAAUGUUUUUGUACGAUGAGCUGGCCCAUUAUGGUGGAAUGGACGGAGUCGGGGUCCCGGCGUCUAUGUACGGAGAUCCGCAUGCUCCACGGCCGCUACCCCAAGUCCAUCACUUGAACCAUGGACCACCGCUCCAUGCCAGCCAGCACUAUGGGGCUCACGCACCCCAUCCUAGCGUUAUGCCCAACAGCAUGGGCUCCGCUGUCAACGAUGUUUUAAAGAGGGACAAAGAUCAAAUUUAUGGACAUCCAUUAUUCCCGCUGCUCGCGCUGGUUUUUGAGAAGUGCGAGCUGGCGACGUGCACUCCGAGGGAGCCUGGAGUAGCAGGCGGCGAUGUCUGCUCCUCCGACUCCUUCAACGAGGACAUCGCAGUUUUUGCCAAACAGGUCCGAGCAGAAAAACCUUUAUUUUCAUCUAAUCCAGAAUUGGACAAUUUGAUGAUACAAGCCAUACAAGUAUUACGAUUUCAUCUUUUGGAAUUAGAAAAGGUGCACGAGCUUUGCGACAAUUUUUGCCACCGGUACAUCAGUUGUUUGAAAGGAAAAAUGCCAAUAGAUUUAGUUAUUGAUGAGCGGGAUGGCAGCUCAAAGUCAGACCACGAAGAGCUCUCAGGAUCUUCAACCAACCUAGCGGAUCACAACCCAGCUUCCUGGAGAGACCAUGAUGACGCCACCUCCACGCACUCGGCUGGCACGCCAGGGCCCUCCAGUGGGGGCCACGCUUCACAGAGCGGCGACAACAGCAGCGAACAAGGGGACGGUUUAGAUAACAGUGUGGCGUCACCCGGCACAGGAGACGACGACGACCCGGACAAGGACAAGAAGAGGCAGAAAAAGCGCGGCAUCUUCCCCAAGGUGGCCACGAACAUCAUGAGGGCAUGGCUGUUCCAGCAUCUCACGCACCCGUACCCUUCUGAAGAACAGAAAAAGCAGCUAGCCCAAGACACGGGUCUCACCAUCUUACAAGUAAACAACUGGUUCAUUAACGCCAGGAGAAGAAUAGUACAGCCCAUGAUUGACCAGUCAAAUCGAGCAGGUUUUCUUCUUGAUCCUUCAGUGAGUCAAGGAGCGGCCUACAGUCCGGAGGGCCAGCCCAUGGGCAGCUUUGUGCUGGACGGCCAGCAACACAUGGGGAUCCGGCCAGCUGGUCUGCAAGGCAUGCUGGGGGAGUAUGUACCUCAGAGUGGUCCUAUGGACAUGAGCAUGGCCCCGCCAAGUUACAACCCCACUCAUCAGAUGACCCCUCACCCAUCCCAGCAUCGACACGGAACCCCUCUCCACCACUAUCUACCCGGCCCCCACCAUCCACACCAUCACCCUCAGCACCACUACCAUCACCCUCAGCACCACCCUGCCAUGCUAAUGCACGGAGGACCCCCCUCUCACCCAGGAAUCACCAUGUCUGCACAGAGCCCCCCCCUUGCUGACCCCCAUUGACCCAAGCGAUGGAGGACAAGGCCUGGACAUCCACGCCCAAUAGUAUAAGGGAACGUUGCUACCACGACGACAUCACCAACAGCAGCAGCUACUACGAGAAAAAAAACAUAAACAACCACAACAACGCUACAAGAAAGUUAUUUUGAGACGGUUUUUCAGAAUAAAAGCGCGAACCCUUUUGACCAGAAUUAGACAUUAAAAAUGGAAUUCCAGAUGAGCUGUGAUGAUUUUUUUCUUCUUUUUUUUUUUACUUGUCAAUUUUGUUACUUACAUCCAAACGGAGGACCAAGCUGACAAGAACACUUUGUAAAGUCUUGGGCUUUUGUUAAAGAUUAACAAAAGGUAUUUCGACGAGGACACACGCGCAACCACAGACACGCGUGCACUUAAGACACGCAUACACACAGUACAGACUCUCUCUCCAGUGACGCGUUCAACUAAUUUUCAUACAAAAUCAGUCUGGAAGAUUGAGAGAAAAAACUAAAUAAAAGACAAAAAGACUCCAAGAGUUCUAACUACUGUAGUAUAAAAAGUAUAGAAACUAAGUUAAAACUUGUGCAUUUUUUUCGUUGAUCACUCAAUUUAUGUUUCCUGAGCUAGUUCUAGAAUAAAAGGUUAGCCCUUUCUCUCACACUGUGUGUGCUCCUUUCUGGAGGAGGAACUGUCUCAGCGCAGCAGCAGCACUAUAACAAAAGAAAAGAUGGAACAUCUCAAAAACGGACGCCCAUUCGCUCCCAAAUACAGCGACAGGCAGAACAGCCUCUGUACCCCAUAUAAAACAGGGCAUGAUGGGAAAAGGCUGCUAAAUGACACCUGAUCUCUCCAGAAGAUUCCGUUUGAACAUAUUUCAUGCCCCUUUUUUGGUUCAUGAAUGAAUGUUGCCCUUUAGGUAUAUAAAAAGGUUCUUAGUUUGAAUUGCCCAAGCACUGGAUUGUGUUGGUUUUAUAUUAUUAUAAUUUUAUUUUUUUGUAUCCUGGACUCUUAUUGACAGAGCAUAUUGAAGGAAGCUUAAUAGUGGAAAAUCAGCAUCCUACUCUGCUUCUUAGCCUCUGGAUCAACAAACUUGCCAUAUGGACAAUAAUGACACAAUGGUGGAUUCUUUGGCACUGGGAGAAGCAAUUGACGGUUGAUGCACCAAAAAACCUAAAACUUAAAAAAAGAAGAAAAAAGAACUUAAAUUAUGAACUCAAAGCUUUGGGAAAAGCUAAGAGAAUAUUGUAACAAACUUCGUACAGAGUUCAGUCUAUUAAUUGUUUCAUGUUAGAUAUUCUAUGUGUUUACCUCAAUUGAAAAAGAAUGUUUUUGCUAGUUUCAGAUCUGCUGUGGCAUUGAUAUUGUAUGUCCAUGAAUUCCUUCCUUUUUCAGCACGUGUUCCUCACUAGAUGAUAAAAUGCCGUCUCCCUUAAGCUUUGUCAAAAAUACAUUAAAUACUUGUAUGAGGACUGUGACGUAAUGUUUAAAAGGUGUUCAGUCACAAAUGCUGUAAUAAAUAUUUCAUUUUUGAUU